CCCGUAGACGUCUGUAUGCCGCUGAUACUGAUAUUCCGCUGCCAAUCUCCGCGGUGUCACCUCGUGGGGAGCAAAUUUGACACUUCGGUCUUUCACUACCGCUCCACAAUAACAACAGAAACAAACAAUAGUGAAAGCCCACAACUCGCGUGCCCUUCCCAAAACAUUGGGCUGCCGUCAUAGCAACGCUUACGUACACAAAUUUCCACCUUGCCUCCCUGCCCGUUAUAUUCUUCGUUCGCCCACCAAACUUUUCUCUCCUCAACCAGCCGCUCGCGACGCAACCGUGACAACUCACAACCACCGCGAUCGACCCAACCACACACUGUGACUUAACACCGCUUCCAAACCCACUUCUUACACUCAUAUAUACCUCUUUCUUCAAUCCUUCCAACCUCACUCCUCAUGCCUGACAGGAUUCGUCGUGCGGCUGCCGGCACGCGCCGUCUCCCAACUGUGAGGGGCGUCCCACAAACACUGCUUGGUGCAGCUAUGCGUAGCGGAUUCAGCACGACUCCGCUCACAAGGACUGCCACCAAAACGAUCACCAAGACUGCCACCAGCACCCCGCUUGCUACCUCGACGAAGACUGUCGUGGGUGCUGCAAAGGCUACCGUCACCAAGACCGUGACAAAGACAGUCGCUGGAGUCGCGCGUGCCACCGGGUCCUUCAACUCUGCUGUUCCCAACCCAUUCUCCUUUGGAUCCCGACUUCCACCCGCCAUUGGCAAUACCAUUUCAGCCAUCGGUGGACCUCUGCGUAGUGUUGGUUCCUACCUCUACAAUAUUGUCGAAUCCAUCACCCGCCGUCUCCCAGCCGACUACCAGCUGCCGUCCGAGUACUGGGUGGUCGUGAUUAGGGCAGGUUUCCUCGGAGCCUACCUCUCGGGAUCCGUCACCACUCUCCUGAGGAAUCGCCGACUGCCCCCUCUACCCGCUGGGGUAAGCGCAGAAGAAGUCGAGGCAGAGGCCCAGUUCAUGGUGGACGCUUUGAGAGAGAUGGCCGCGGACGACGCCACUCUUCGGGCUCACUUGAGGAGGGCUAAUCAGAAUGCCUUGAAUUCGCAGAGGAGAGCAAGGAAGAACCAGGUCCGGAGGGCGAACUCGAGGGGAGCGGAAGAGCGCUCAGACGAGCCUUCCGCUGGGCCUUCUGCUGGGCCUUCUGCUGGGCCUCCUAACCAGAACUACAUCGACCGGGUUGUUGGCGAGGUCUCGCAGGGUGUUAAUCCGACUUUCGUGCCAAACGAUACUUCCAACGGUACUCCGAUCGUGCAAGCCGUGCAAGCCGUGCAAGCUGAGAGCAGCCGUAAGAGGCAGUUCGCUGAUGUCGAGGAGGAUCAUGAGCGCCUCCGAACUUUCCGCCUGAAGAAGGCCCGUCUUUCCCCCACGAACAAGCGGAAGAGGACGGAUAACCAAGAUCGUGACCACGUUGAGGGUUCUACCCAUGCGCGCAAGAAGAUUCGGCCCAAUCCGGUGUCAGCGAAGGGCAAGGGCAAGGCUGUUGUCGACCGGGGUGACAAUGUUGAAGAAACUGUUGGGCAUCCGAAGGGGGUGGGCCAAAGUACCUCGACCACCUUUGCUUCCAGUACUGGCGACGGGAACGGCCUUUCGUACAUGAAGGACCGUCAGAUUGAUACGCGAUUCGUGGCGUCCAUGACCGCCCCCUACAAUCCGGAGUACUCAUCCGAGGCGGAGUCCCAAUACGAAAGCGCAUCUUCCCGUCCGCAGCCAGAAAGCCCCUUGAGAAGGGAUGAAGAGGACGACCAGAACGCCCCUGAGCGGGAGGAAGUUGAACAGGAGGAAGCGGAGCAGGAGAAGGAUGGAGAGACCAUUGAGACCCAGGGCGCUGUGGGCGCUGUUGGAACGGGAGUUGAGCCUGGGGUUGGUCUGGGAGCGUCAGUGCAAGAGGAGCAUGAGACAGAGGCAGCAGUUGGUCAGGAGGACCUUGGGCGACAAGCGGAGGGAAAGACUGAUCUGGGACAUCAUCAAGGGGAGAAGGAUGCCAGACAGACCGCGGAGAUGAAAAAGAAAUGCCUCCUGGUUGACAGUAAUCGCCUUCAAACGGUGGGCAACACCGACAGUCUCCCCACCGACGAUGAUACACCCACCCAGCGCCGCAAGACCUUGCUUUCCCAGUUCAAAUACCGUUUCGGCUUAGCUCCUGCUCGGACGCCCGACGCCCGCAAGAUACCAGUGAAAGAGGACGCUGUCCCGCCGACCGCAGUUGGGGCCCGCCCGAACACCAAGCUGGAUCUGUCAAGCAUACCCUAUCUGGAGGCAACAUCCGGCGUCAGGUCGCCGACGAAGGCGCCCUACACCUCCCGGCCUGAACAGUCCGUGACCAACACUCAGCCCUCCACGUUCGCAACCCCGGCUCCGCGUACCACUGUCCCCAACCCCCAUGAGCUGCAAGAGGCUGCUGAUACCCAGGCUUCGCUCAGCAACGUACGCCGGACCCGUGGAAGCAAGAACGCCAAUGCUGCUUCCGCCACUCCCAGGCGAAGCACCAGGAAUGUCCGCCAGACCCAUCCGAAUCUCAAUGUCCACGAGAUGAGCAAGGCUUCCAUGAGCCCUUCAAAACGGCCCUCUAAUCCGAGGGAGCGACGAUGCUGCCAUACUGGAUGGCGAGCACGAGAACAAAGACUCACCCGCGGUACACUGGAUGCCAAAGGGAGCGACGAUGCCGCCACACUGGAUGGCGAGCACACCCUCAGUGACCCUGGAGACGAAAAUACCUCCUGUGAUACAUUGGAUAUCGGCAGGAUGAUGAUGGAAAUCAGAGAACGGUCAAACACGGACUCACUACACUUGCAGUACAUUGGAUACUGGCAGGGAAUUCAUGGCACAGCCACAUGA